AUGAGCCGAAGAGUGAGGAGGAAAGUGGCAAGAAAAGGAAAAGGGAAUAUGGUUUCGAGUUUCCCUGGAAUUGAAGAUGAGGUUGCGAAUUUGGAGCCUGGAGGAGUUGUUGAUUGGAGGAGCUUACCUGAUGAUACGGUAAUUCAACUACUGUCAUGUCUGAGUUAUCGAGACCGAGCUAGUUUAUCAGCAACUUGUAAGACAUGGAGGGUUCUCAGGAACUCUCCGUGUUUGUGGACUUCUUUGGAUCUUCGUUCACACAAGUUUGAUACCAAUGUUGCAUCUUCACUUGCUUCUAGAUGUGUGCAUCUGCAGAAGCUUAGGUUUCGUGGGGCGGAGUCUGCCGAUGCACUGCUUCAUCUUUGA